UUAUGAGCGACAGGGUGACCUUUUUUCCAGAUUGCUUCUGAGUCUGACCAGUGAUCAUUCCAUGUUAGAAWGGAUGAGCUGGACUGGAUGGAGAACUUCCAAAAAUUAGAUUCAGUUACUGGAGCAGUUUUUAUUGCAUUAAUGUCUAUUGACACACCCUCAAUGGAAACAAGACUUCUGCUAGUAUGAAAACAAAGAUGUAGUAUUCAGAACUCAAACACAUAGGAAGCAGGCAUACUGAGAGGACGGGAUACUUUUUAGGUUCUUUAUUCUUGCACGACGAAGAAAAAGAAGAAACGCGUCAGUGAAUGAGGAGUUUUAUGCUUCUAUAGCAUUUUUCCUGAAAAGUGGGGCUUUGAAUGAGGAUGACAAUGGAAGAGAUGAAGAAUGAAGCAGAGACCACUUCUAUGGUUUCCAUGCCACUUUAUGCAGUUAUGUACCCUGUCUUCAAUGAGCUAGAAAGAGUAAAUCUGUCUGCAGCUCAGACACUGAGAGCAGCUUUUAUUAAGGCUGAAAAAGAAAAUCCAGGUCUCACACAGGACAUCAUUAUGAAAAUUCUGGAGAAGAAGAGUGUGGAUGUGAACUUCACAGAGUCUCUUCUGCGUAUGGCAGCUGAUGAUGUAGAAGAAUAUAUGAUUGAAAGACCAGAACCAGAAUUCCAAGACCUGAAUGAAAAGGCACGAGCACUUAAACAGAUUCUUAGUAAGAUUCCUGAUGAGAUAAAUGACAGAGUGAGGUUUCUUCAGACAAUCAAGGACAUCGCAAGUGCAAUAAAGGAGCUUCUUGACACAGUAAAUAAUGUCUUCAAGAAAUAUCAAUACCAGAACCGGAGGGCACUUGAGCACCAAAAGAAAGAGUUUGUAAAAUACUCCAAAAGUUUCAGUGAUACCCUGAAAACCUAUUUUAAAGAUGGAAAGGCAAUAAAUGUGUUCAUAAGUGCCAACCGACUAAUUCAUCAAACCAACUUGAUACUCCAGACCUUCAAAACUGUGGCCUGAAAACUGUAUAUGUUGAGUUGUACUUUUCAAUGGUGGAUAGGGUACCUUUAUAUGUAAAUUUUAAAGUUUUGACUGUAUAAAUUAUCAGCCCCUCUUGAAGGGACCUAAUGCAGGAUUUUGAAUGGGAUUAUUGCCAUCUUACACCAUAUUUUUGUAAAACAUUGUAGCUUAAUCAUAAUCUCACAAUGAAGACUUUGCAUCACUUUUUGCUAUUAUCAUUCUUUUCAGAAUUAUAAGCCAAAAGAAUUUACGCCUUAAUGUGUCAUUAUGUAACAUUCCUUAUAAGAAUUGUAAAUAUUUGGUGUUCUGUUUCUGACAUUUUAACUUGAAAGCGAAAAGCUGCAAGAUUAUGUAUUUAACAAUAUCGGUGGCAAAUAUUCAAUAAAUAGUUUACAUCUGUUAGAUUGUCCUUUUGUAUGUGAACAGAAAUGCAUAACAUCUUUCCAUAAUUGCAGAACAUUGAUUAAAUGGAAAAAAAUCAGAAUACUUGGGUUUUUAAGGCCACUGGCCGUUUAGAUCUGUAUAAAAGUGAGGACUUUUUCUUUUAAAGCUGAGAUUUUUAACUGUCAUCCAAUAUUAGAUGAGAAUCCCAGAAAAAAAUAUCUAUUAAAAUAUCACUGGCAAAAAUAUAAAGGAUACCAGAAAUUAGGUGGGAUGUUUUUUGGUAGAAAUUAACCCCACUAUAUUUAUUUAUUUAUUUGGUGGUGGAUUAGCAGGCUUUAUUUCUAGUAUAUUCCAGGAUUUUGAGUACAAAAUGACUUCUUAAAAAUAUGCAUCUGAGUGUGCAGCAGAUGGUCAAACUUAAUGUUUUAAGACAACUGUUUUUUAUCUUGCCACCCCUUUAGGUGGUGGGGGAACUUCUAGGUGAUGAAACCAGUGAUGUUUCUGCUGUGCAUCCGUAGAGCCUCUUGUUUUUAUUUAUUCAAGCUACGCGAGACCUGGAUUGUGAAAUUUCAUUGUUAAUCAAAUGAUGAAGAACUGCUGGACAAAGACUCAAAUCUUGUUGCUCUGGUUGCGUGGCAAUCUCCCACAUGCUCUACUCGGUGUCAUGCAUGCCCCUUCAAAACACAAGUUGAGUGUAUUUUGAAAUACCGAGAAUAUUUGUAAAAUUGAUUUCUAAAGAUCUUACUUAGUCUUGGCAUUGAAAUAGCUACUGUUAAAUUUAGGGAAGAAUCUGAAGCAGUUUAUAACCCUGUGGAAGCUGUCUGUGGGAAGAUCCCUUCAGGCUGGAGGAGCCCAUUUGCUACAGGACUGUUCUUUGUUUAGGUGUUAAUGCUGGUGAAAAGGUAUGGCCGGAAUUUCUUUGCAUACCAUGGCCUUGUGCACUCCAGCUCGUCUGGGGAAGGUCCCUUACUUGAAGCACAGCAGCUGGGUCUUAAACUUUGGUUAUCUGCUUGAAUAGCCUAAAUGGAAAAAGUGCAGAAGUGGAAGAAUGAUACCUGCACCCCUCUAAAAUACUCUGGAUCUUUUAUUGUAUCUCUGUACGUAGUAAAAUUUCCUUGGUAAAUGUACCAGCAGUGCUGAAAUGUAACCAAGAUGUGAAGGAGGGUUUGGGGUGUGAAUGACUUUGGGGGAACAUAAGUUGUGAGUUUGAUGCUUACCUAAAACUGUGGACAGGAGAGAGUGCUGAAAGCUUUGCUAUUCUGUUGUUUUCUGUUGUGGCAGGGGGGAUUUGGCAGUGGUAUUUGCCUGCAAAUUGAGCUUAGUCAUGUUGCAAAGGUUACGUUCAUUAUACUGAAAACUGUGUGGUAGCUAUUGAAGCUUGACCUGCUGAACUGCUGUUUUGGGGGAAGCGGUGAACGGGAUGCUAGCAAUUGGGAAGGAGGCAAUUAGCCCAGGAAUCCAUUUGCAUCUUUGAAUCCUGAGGGCAAAACGGUUCACUAGUCUUCCUUGUGGGUGAUGCUGAGUUACUAGUUAACCCUACUACCAAUGGCUUAACUAAAACUAACUACGCAGGUGRAUGGAAGGAAAGACAUAAUUUUUAAUAGUUAAUUUGCAUUGAAAGGGUGUUUGCUGAAGACAAGUGCUCAGGGCAAGUGACAUGUGAAGCUUGGGUUGUGCUGGGCCUGUUUUAACAAAACUUGGGAUUUUCACUGCUCGAAUCAAGAGAGGAGCAGUAGUAAUAGGAACAAGAGCUAGUGCUGGCCACCUUUCUCACUACUUGAAUGAUGMUGGUGUGUUCACACACCUGCUCUGCAGGUUGUUCAAAACCAAGUGUGUGUAUGUAUA